AUGCAAGAAAACGCGCUCGAUUAUUUACCUUUUCACCAAGAAAUUUGUACCAAUCUCGGGAUUUUGUACUACUCUGUCUUCUUCAGAUCACUGAUUGCGCCCUUCCUCCUGACUACCGUUCAAUGGACUCCUGGCUGUGAUAUCCCGGCUUCUACUUCUCAAUUAAAGCAGAGUCGUAUAUAUUUAGAAUCGAGCUUCUCUCUGCUCGAAUCUUCCAGCCCCUUGAAAUACUAUCUACCAUUCCAUAAGAAGCAAGUACAAGCUACGCUUAUUCUCAAAAUGAUUCAGAACUAUGUACACCAUAUUCUAUCGAAUAUUAAACCGCGGCCACUCCUUUCCUAUCUGUCUCUCCUCUUACCUAUUCUCGCCAAAAUACUCGUAUUUGGUUUCCCCGGUCAAGCCGCAGCGGCUGCACAUGCUGAAGUAUGGCAUGUGGUAUUUGCGUUUGGAUUGGAAUCGGGGAACGCUGGUACCAUGUUCAGUGCCGGACGGGAAAUGGCGGAGGACGAGGAAAGUAUUGCGGUCGGCGCUGAACACCUGAGAACAAUGGGAGCGGAUGAGCAAGUUGAGGUGGUAAGCACCCGGUUGGUGGCCUAUGUCAGACUUGUGGUCACAACUGUUGAACAUAUGCCGUUGACCUUGUAUGCUUUCUCGGGGUCGAAGAUAAGGGGUAAAGGGAGUGUCAUGACUUGGUUCGAGAGAAGCCAAGUUCAAUUGAAUGGCAGUGUAUCGUGUGGUGAUAAUAUUGGUGAGUUUACAUCGACUCCGCGGAUUCUGAAAGAGCUGGAAUAUCCUCCCACUAGCACCAAGAAAGACUCUAGGGACAUGAUAUGUAGUUCAAGACAGAAAUUUGCAUCUUCCAUGUCCCGCAUCAUUCUCUUUGUUUCCGGCCCCUGGACGGCCCUCGACACGCUUGAUAAGACAAAAACCAUGUCUGAAAUCCCACGACUCUUGGAGCUCUCUGGCAGCGACCAUUUCUGCUAUAUUUCUCAAUCUACCAUAAAAACUUCAAUAUGUGACUACAUAACGCCAGAUUAUAGGGAUAAUGAUAGCCUCAGCAUCGUUCUUCAUUACGCUCGAAAACUUACAGCUCAAAAAGCACGAAAUCAUCAAUUGCGUAAUUUAGACUACCCCUAUGGCAGCAACCACUUUGCCAAAACACAUAGCAGAACCUGUGAAGAAUCGACGCUUGCAUCCGCAAAUUGGAAUGUAAGACCACAAGUAGGCUAUAAAGUGCGAUACAAGAAGCUCGCCGACUCCUCCGUGGGCUGGCUUCAGGGAUUACCGAUAGCGCGCCGGAAGCACCUUACCGACAGACGACUGAGCGGUCUUGCGCACAGCAAGCUGGACGAAGUGAUCGUCAACGAAAACAUCGAACUUCUGCCCACGAGGCGAAACCCGACGAAGGACCCUUGCGAAAGUGCAAUUGUAAAUGGAUAUGCACAGGACACAAGGUUGAACGCUCACGCUCAGAACGAAAAUGAGCGCGUGCGUAUUUUGGAACAUCUGAAAGAAAUAAUGUAUCGCGUAUCAGCCCAGGAAAAGAUAUGCUUAAUUGAAGGCUGGAGUAGGACGAUAACAAAUAUAAAGCUCGAAAGGUGCGGAGGAAUAGAAGUAACGGCUGAUACCAUUCUAAGGGAGUAUAAUAGCCAGAGCUUCCGUGGUAAGAGCAAAGAGAAAAAUGGUGAGCAGCAUGACUGCAGCAUUCAAAAAUGA